CUGCUGGUGUUGUCAACAUUGUCCAGUCCAAUGUCCCGGCGCACCCUGAAGGAAAAACAGUUCUACGUGCUGAUGAUGAUGUUCUGCCUAGUCUUCCCCAACGUCCUGGUCUUUUUGAAAUCGCUGUGGCGAUGUUCCUUCAAGAGCUUUGUACCACCCAAAAUGAAGAUCAUGGCAUUUGUUUGCCUCAUUGAGGUCCUGGUCUCUCUCGGUACUUCAAUCCUCGUGCUGGUGGUUAUGCCUCAGUUUGACGUCCUGACUAAUCUCUUCAUCAGUGGAGGAGUCUGCAUUGUGUCUGCAAUUAUGCAGAUAAUAUUCAGAUUACAGCGAGAUAACUGGAAAAUUGUGUUCCCAAUCUGCUCCCUCAUACUCACCUCUAUUGGUUACUGCAUGCUGGGAAUUGACUACUAUGUCCGUGUAACGUCAUAUGUGGACAAACAGGGUUCUGACUGCUAUAUCUACGUGGCACUUGGAAUUUUCUCUUCCCUCCUUGUCUCGUUGUGCUGGUGGGAAAAUUCACUACAAGCAACCAACCGCAUGCAGGAUACGUUGUCACAACUGGAUGGUUUCAGAGACUUUGUGUUUGUCAUCAGCAGCAUUCUGAGGAUAUUAGUGAUAGGGGCCGUAUACCUGAUCUACCACAAGCUAAUUGCGAAUACCAUCAUAUGGAACAAUUUUAACCUGCAUGACGGAGAACUCCUGCAAACAGGACUAGUGUUGUUUUUCUUACAAGCCUUCUGCUCAGCAGCCUGCCACUGGUUUGGAGUGGUGGCCUGUAAGAUUCAUUCUGUCAGGAUGAGUUUUGCUCUUCCUCUAUGUUGCACUGGACCUGCAAUGCUACUGCUGGGAAUAGUGCUGUUUUUUACACUGGGAUUGAAACUGGAUAAUGGGACAAAAGCAGAAAGCAUCAUAGAAUUUUGUGACAAGUUGCUCUAUCUGAACACCAAAAACACGUCUGCGGUCUUACUCGAGCUUACUAGGAGCAUGUGUCGGACUUCACUAAACAGCCACUACUUUCAAUGGCCUUUUGCCAUGCUGGCACUGGAGGGAGUGUGCAUGUGGUCAGGCCUCGUCACAUGUACCUACUACGUAUGGAAGAUCAAGGUCCAGCGUAUAGAAAGAACAUCUCAGCUCUUUGUUCGUCGAUUGUAUGAAUCUGCUUUCAUUGACCUGUCUCUGCUGCUCAACACCAAGAUGAAGGUUCCUAAAGCCAAAACCCAAGAAAGCCAUGAUGAAAUGCAGAAGUGUGUCAUCUAUCUGUGCGCCACCAUGUGGCAUGAGACCUACGACGAGAUGCUGAAGAUUCUCACCUCCAUGUUCAGGCUGGACCGUUAUCGAGGGGAUCCAAAGGAAGAUCACAAGGACUGUUUUGACUUUGAGUGUCACAUUUUAAUGGACGAUGCCUUCAUGACUGACGAUGACACAAAUAAGAGGCUGGUUAAUAGUUAUGUUAAUGACUUGAUCCAAGUUGUCAUUGAAGUUUACAGGGUCUUCACCAACAAAGAGCCUGACGAUGUGUCGAUCAUUGAGACUCCCUACGGCGGCAGGUUGAUGUUUGUUCUGCCAGAAGGGAACAUGCUCUAUGUUCACCUAAAAGACAAACUACUCAUCAGGAACAAAAAAAGAUGGUCCCAGAUAAUGUACAUGUAUUACCUGCUUGGCUGGAAAGGCUACAUUGUGAAGAACCCUUCAAAGAUCCUACAAUUUAAUAACUUUUCCAGAGCCAGUUUGGUCUCUCUGGAUAGUGAGACUUUCGUGUUGCCUCAGUAUGACAACGACAACAAACGCAAGUUCAUCUCAGACGACAACACGUAUAUUCUUGCUCUUGACGGAGACACUGACUUCCACCCUAAAGCUGUGAUUCUGCUUGUAGACAGGUUGAGGAUGUAUGACAAUGUAGGUGCAGCAUGUGGUAGAAUCCAUCCUACUGGCAUGGGUCCCAUGGUGUGGUACCAGAAAUUUGAGUAUGCAGUAGGUCACUGGCUCCAGAAGACAGCAGAGCAUGUGUUUGGUUCUGUGCUGUGCAGUCCGGGAUGCUUCAGUCUGUUCAGAGGGUCGGCCUUGAUGGAUGACCAUGUUUUAAAAAGAUACUCAACAACUGCACAAAGAGCUCAGGAAUAUGUGCAGUAUGAUCAAGGGGAGGAUCGAUGGCUGUGUACUUUGCUACUGCAACAAGGCUGGCGAGUCGAGUAUAAUGCUGCUUCAGAUGCAUACACCAACUCACCACAGGAAUUUGAAGAGUUUUACAACCAGAGGAGACGAUGGGGACCUUCAACAUUGGCUAAUACACUGGACCUUCUCCACAGUGGUCCAGAGACAGUGAAGAGAAACAUGUCCAUCUCAAGGAUUUACGUCUUCUACCAGAUGUUCACUGUUGGAUCUUCUAUCCUGGGACCUGCCUCUGUGACUCUCAUGAUAGCAAGUGCUUUCCAGUUUGUCUUCAAACUCACUGGUACACUCUCCAUCGUCGUCGCGUGUGUUCCCCCCGUGUUCUACAUCCUCAUUUGCUUUUUAACCAAGUCGAAUACCCAAAUAACCAUUGCCGGCAUUAUGAGUGUUCUGUAUGCAUUCCUCAUGACUGCGUCCUUCUUUUCCAUCAUUGGUGACAUGGUGAUUCAGCAAACCUUCUUGACCCCCACUGGAUUGUUUUUGAUUUCAAUGGCAAUCAUGUACUUGAUAACAGCUUUACUCCACCCUGAGGAGUUUCUCUUGAUUAUCUAUGGUCUGAUGUAUUUCAUCUGCAUCCCCAGUGGAUAUCUCCUUUUGACCAUCUACUCGCUGGUUAACAUGAACAAUGUGUCCUGGGGCACAAGGGAAACCAACAAGGGAGGUGUAGAGCAGAAGAAACUACACAAUCUUCUCUGUGACAAAACCUGUAGAUGCUGCUGCUGGGACAUGAAGAUACAGAUAACCCAGGAAACGGAGCGUCUGAUAUUUCAGCAGCUCGCAGGUCAGAUUACACAGCACAUCCCAGCCAAUGCAAUCACCCAAAACGAAACACCUCUACACCCAGCCUUAAUGCUGGAGCCUCACACCAAACAAGAUGCCAAGAAAGAAGAAGCCAUGGAAGAGAUUGCAAGACCUCUAGUUGAUGAUUUGAGGAAGAAGGCCGCAAAGAGCAGUGACCUGGGUUCCAGUGGCAGUGACGAUGGUGCUGAAAACAGGAGCAUGAGUUCAUCUGAUGAAGAAGACAGUGAUCAUGAUGAUGACUAUAUGAUUCGUGAGGCAGAGAUUCCCGCCGCUGACUGGGUGCACCCAGUGAAGGAAGAAUUUCUGAAAAAGCUGACAUACUUCAACAUGAAGAGAAAUCUACAAGAACAAAUACGAUAUGCACUCCGUAGCAAAGAUUACGAUGAAGUGUGCGAAGACUUGGUGCUAAUGUUAACAGACACACUCAAUGUAGAGCUCAAUUCAGUGGGGCCUGAAGACGUUCUGUCAGACUAUCGGCUGGAGGAGUUACAACUUGCGCUAAACAAACAGGCACGGCAAACCCUUAAGACCAAUCGAAUGGAGAAGUUGGAAAAGAGAGUAAAGCUAGCCAUUGAGAAAACACUCGCUGCCCCACAAGUGCAAAAGCUAGAAGAGAAUGAGAACGACUUCUGGAACAAGCUAAUCGAGCGCUACCUGACCCCAAUCACUCACAGUAAAGAACAUCAGGAGGAAGUCAACAGAGAACUAAAGUCACUGAGAAACAAGGCCGUCUUCCUGUAUUUCAUCAUAAACGUGCUCUGGGUGGUAGCUACCUUCUUCUUGCAGGCCAUUGGAAAUGAUGUCAUCAGCAUCCAGAUCCCAAAGUAUUAUCCCAAUGGAACUAAAAGUGAUGAAUACCUCAAGGUGGAGCCUCUCACUUUGAUGUUUCUGUUGUCUUUUGCUAUUCUUCUCAUUGUGCAGUUUCUGGCCAUGUUAUAUCACAGAGUCUACACCCUGAUCCAUGUGGUGUCGUAUCGCAGCUCAGAGAAAAACUACAAAGAGAAAGACGAAGACGAGACUGGUGAUGACCACUUCAUUAUGGAGAACCCUGCACACAAUGAAAUUUUCCUGACAACUGAAGACCUGUAGUCAGAAACAAGAAGAUGUAGCUGCAGAGACGCAAUAACAAGCCUAAAGUGGCAUCAUUAGCAAGCUUUUUCCCACCUCAGGGCUGUUUCCUCCACUAUGGUUCAUUUUCCUCAGGUUUCACUGUGCAUUAAAACACGGUACAUUCUGGUCAUGAUCAUAGCACACACUGUCACACAGUCCUUGUAGACAUCCCAUGUCUUUAGCUUUCCAUCACAGGAAAUAAUUUACUUUUU